AACGGGGAGAACAUGCAAAAUUCCAUUUGCAAUUGGCUGGCUUUACGAUCCAAAAGGGCCGUAAUGGUCUUUCCCGUUGCUAUAGAAGCUACUUAUUAUUAUUAUAUGGACAUAUAUGAAUGUUCAUUUUUGACCUGAUAAUAUUUCUCUGGAGCUUCCCAAUUUUUCAAAUGGUCCAAUUUGGCCCCUAACGUGACACGAGGGUGUUUUGGGCGACGAGUCACGGAAAAAGGGAAACGGAUUCAGGGUCGUUUCCGGUGACUGCGAGUGACAAUGACAAAGUCCGUCCAUCUCUCGUGUCUCUCUGGGGUGCGUAAUGAAGGGAUUAGUGCACAACUCUCGCUUGGUGGCCUUUAUGUGGCGCACAAUGGCUUUUUUCAAAGAAAGUUUUGUCAAGGCUUCAUUAGCGACGGCCUCCAACUGGGCCCUGAAUGCGACACGCAUUUGGAGCAAUUACUUGGGCAGAAAACAACUGUCAGUCAUUCUUAAAGGGGAAGGAGACCAAUCAAUAUAGCUCUUCAUCCCUCCUCCGUUUUGUCUUCCUUUUCGCGCUCCAUUGGGUUUUUUAAACUUUUUUUUUUAAAUUUCGGCGGUGGAAGACGGGACGCCGUCAUGGCAUUUGUUCACUUGGUGCGCAGGCGGCGGCAGGUGUGGGGAGGGGGCGGAUUUGAAGGAUUUAACGUGGAGCAACAAGUGCCACUGGCAACCGGAUCGUGUCAGUAGCACACUUUGCUAUUACAGGCAAGGGACGGACAGUUACUGGAAGCAAAUGUAGGCGAGCCUCCUUUGUUGGGGGGGUCCAAGACGAUCUCUCAAUGGUUCCUUUUCCUCGGAAGAAAAACGUGUCCAUCUACCGGGCUCCGGCGGGACAAACCCCAAAGUGACCCGGCCGAGUGGCCAUCCGUCGCGCGAGGCUCGGUCGGAUGCAUUUGUCCAUGGAUACCCUGGCCGUGGCGGAAGACGCUUGCCUGGACAGCUUUGACGUGGCAAAAGGCGGCGCCGGAUGCGGGGGCAUGGUGCACAGUAUCGACGUGAUCCUGGGCUUCGCCAGGGAGCAGGACUCUCUGCUCCGACAGCACGCCGUCCACAACCUCCGCCCCCGAGACGGCGAGCGCGGCCACAAAGCCACGCAGGAAAACUUGCAACUUCCUGACAAGCACCAUCCCUACGGGCGACUGGCCGACAACUCGCAACCAUCCUAUCAUGAUCUCUUCUCCGGCGACAAGUGCGACGGAGGGAUGAGCGGCGCGCAAGGGGCCCCGGCCGAGGACUCCCCCGAGGCCGUUGCAGAGGAAGAGCGCGGCAAGAAGAAGCACCGCAGGAACCGGACCACCUUCACCACCUACCAGCUGCACGAGCUGGAGCGCGCCUUUGAGAAGUCCCACUACCCGGACGUCUACAGCCGCGAGGAGCUGGCCGUCAAGGUCAACCUCCCCGAGGUCAGGGUGCAGGUGUGGUUCCAGAAUCGGCGCGCCAAGUGGCGACGUCAGGAGAAGAUGGAUUCCGCUCCAAUGAAGCCGCAGCACUCUCCCGUGCUUUCCUUCAGCCGGCCCCCGAUGGCGCCCGGCGUGGGGCCGGCGACCAACCCGAUGCCGCCCGAUCCCUGGCUCGCCUCGCCCAUCUCCAACGUGACGUCCACGCACGCCAUCUCAGGCUUGGCGGGUUCGCCGCACAGCCUGCAGCCGGCCUACGCGGGCCACCGCUUCCUAGGCCCGGUGCGGGGCGUGCAGUCCAUGGGGGUGCCGCCGCCGUAUCGCUGCCAGCCUAGCUUCAAUGACAAAUUCCCCGGGGAGGACGACAGGAGCUCCAGUAUUGCGGCGCUCAGGAUGAAGGCCAAAGAGCACAUUCAGUCCAUGGACAAAACCUGGCAACACAUGUGAU